UCACCAUGGUUCACCACUCACGAGGCCGGAGUUUGGUGCUGGUUCACGCUGCCACAGACAGUAAACCCACCACCUGUUGGUUGUUCUUGUAGAAUAUAAUCUGAUGUUUGGUAGGCAUUCUUCAUGCAAAAAUAAGAGUAGCUCUGCGGCUGAGUAAGGUAUCGCAUCGUCCUUAUGUAGAGCGAGUUGCCCACUGAGCCACCGGCUCUUCACCCAGACUAGCCGGCAAGAGUACUCGAGUCCAAACUGUGCGCAGCACGCAGAAAAAUCCCCACCAAUGCGUUCCGGACGAUCGGGCCAGUUCUGCUCGUCUGAAUAGGAGGGGGAGCGCGGCGAGCUGUAGGCAUUUCUGCACCACAACAAUGAGUCGGGCGGUGGAAAAUUGGUCUCAUGCUGAGGUCUGCCUGUGGUUGCGCACCUCCGGAUUUGUCAAUCUGACGGACAAAUUUUCGCAGCUGAACAUCGUCGGCAGCGACCUGAAGAUGUUGGACGAUGGUUACCUUCACGCUAAGAUGGGAAUAGCAGAUCCUUUGGUUCGCUACAGCGUCCUCUCCGCUGUCGAUAGUCUACUGGCCAAGGCUGGGCUGAAGCGUGGCAUGUCGUACCACUCCGGAGGGUGCGCGCAGCCCGCCGCACCGGGACAACGACCGAAUCAGCCGAACCUACCGUCCAGACCUUCAGUGAUGCGUGGACAGACUGUGCCUGCAUCGUUGGGCUCAGCCAGCACGAUGGUGGCGAGCAACACGACCACAGCGAAUACACGUACCGCCGAUGACCAUCAGGGCCAGCAGCGCUCACUCAGCUACACCCAAUCGGCGAGCAGCAUCCAGCAUGCUCCGCACGCUUCGCACCACAACGCGCAGGGUAAGCGCCAGUCGCUGGGGUCCGUCAAGACGGGCACCAUGUCGGCGGGCGUCGAACCAUCGCUCGGUGUGAGUGCCCAGCAGCUAAUGGCUGAUGGUCAUAUGGACUGCUGUGGCUGGAUUCGAAAACAGGGAGGAAGCGUUCGCAGCUGGAAGCGACGUUACCUCAUAUUGAAGAGCGGCUGUAUGUACUACUAUAAAGAUGAGUCGUCAUCCAGUGCUCAGGGACAGUUCUCACUAGAGGGCUACCGUAUUGCUCAAGCAACAGACACCAAGUACCCAUGGUGUGUCAAGCUUGUGCACAUCAACCCGAAGAAACGCACCUACUUCAUCAGCUUGUCCUCGGAGCCAGAGAUGCGGCAAUGGAUGGAGAAGAUUGACCACGCGACACGGCAAUGGAUGGAGGUGACGUCAGGUGGCAGUCAACCGCCAGCAUCACCCAGUGCUGUUGAUGUAGCACCACCUCCGGUCCUGCCCAGACCGGCAUCCACUCUGCCUGGCCAUGCUAGAUCUGCAUCGGGGUCAUCGGCCUCGUCUGCAUCCAACGCCUUGCGGACGGCAAACUCCGAUUUCGUAGAGCACGACUUGGAUGAUGAGGAGGAUAGCGAAGAGGAUGAUACCAAUCACUCACCGUCAGGUUACAAAAGAGCAAAAUCAUCACCUUCGCCGGAAGUGGCACCGCGUCAGCUUGAGCCGAGUGUUGAGGAAGCUGAGCCGAAUGACUACUUGCAGUUGAACGAAGGCUCCAUCAUCCCACCGGAACAGCAGCCACCGCCGCCCAAGCCAGUGCAGAAUGGCGGAGGCAGACCCAUUCCAAGCCCAAGCCAUGCUGCACCCACUGCCAGCCGCAUUGCUCAGCGUUAUGAGAUUACUGAUCUGAAAAAGGUGCCAGCAAAGACUAAGCCACAGCCGGAGAUGUCGUCAGCGGAUGAAGAGUGUGAUUACAUCUUCCCAGAAGUUGAAAAUCGAGAUAUUCUACCAGCGUCUGUCUUCCAGGACGGCAUGGAUCGUGAUACCGCGGAAGGGAUCCUGAAAAGACUAAACCACACUGGGAGCUAUUUGAUUCGCAGUGGUAGUGCGCAGCCUAACCAGAAAGUCCUGUCGGUGUGGACAGAGGAUCGCUGCCGGCAUUACAAAGUGUUCUUCGAUGAAAAGCUGAAGUUUUCGCUGCAGCGAGGUACUCAUUUUGCUACGCUGCCAACACUAGUCCAGCACUACCACGCAAACUCCCUUCCAAAGUGCGAGUACAAGCUUUCUGAACCAUAUCAUGGCUGAGUCCAGUACACGCGCGCUGGCGUCUGUUAAUGGAUACUCGGCAUGUUUGGUCACUCCCCGUGGUUUUAAAGGCGACAACCAGGCUUUUGAAACGGGAUGGGUGUAGCAUAGCAUGCGGCUAGGUGACGAUCACAUUCAAAUCCAUUCGAUCUGUUCUCUAGCUAUUUGAAAUUUAGUUCAUCUUCUAUGGAGUAUUUGUUCCAUAACCAUAGUCUGUAUUUUCGAUGAUUGUAUGUAUUUUUGCUGAAAAGCGCUAUUGUUGCCAGAUAUCCAUAUCUAACUAGAGCACCUAUGGAUGAUUCCAAUGUAAAGUAUCAUUAUUCAUUUAUUGUGGCUCAGUUUCCAUUGCCCAGUCACUGCCCGUGCUUUGAAAGACAUGCUACCACUAUGAUGAUUCAGUGUACGUGCAGAUCAAAGGGCGUGUGAUUUGUUUUUGCUCCAAACAUACCAGUGCCCUGUAUGGCCGAAUAGCUUUCCUAUCGUGACCUAACCCCGUCUAACUGAGUGGCUACUUCUUUUAACAGCCACGCACUCUCCAAGUCAUGCAGCAAUUGAGGAAUAACAAAUAUUAUACAUUUUUAUACAGGGUAAGCUCGGAAUGAUUUCAAUUUUUGCUGGCUCUGUUCUGCCAUGCUGACAGCGACAGUUGGCUAACUGAAGGUCUCAUUGAACAGUCUCCUUGUUUUGUUUUCACCGGUGUGCGCUGGCAGCAUUAUCCAUAACCUUUGGCCUUCAAACCAUCUUUGUCAAACUUGUCACACGGUAUUUCUUUUCUUUUCCGGAAUGCUAGCCGCUGAAGCUCUGAUCUGGUGAUGUCUUAUUAAUUGUUGCAUUGUGGCAGUAUUUUAA